AUGGCUGUUGCUGUGCCGUCGACGCUGCCGAUGAAGCUUAGGAAGGUUGAGCCCCGUGGCAAGGCGGCGGCGGCGGGGGUUGCCGGCCGGGCGCGCGUGCUGGUGACGGUCACCGUCCUCGGCAGCGCCGGCCCGCUACGGUUCCUGGUCGACGAGGGCGAGUCCGUCAACGGACUAAUCCGCGCCGCCCUCCGCUGCUAUGCCCGCGAGGGCCGCAUGCCGCUGCUCGGCUCCGACGCUGCCAACUUCCUCCUCUACACCGCCAAUGGCAGAUCCGACGCCCUCAAGGCCGAUGAGAGGAUCAGCUUCAAUGGAUGCAGGAGCUUCAUGCUCUGGCAGAAGACCGUCGCCGACAACAAUGGGUCUGAGCCGGUGGUGGCUACGACGGUUAAUUCUUCCCCAGGCAGAAAGGGGAUCAGCGGCUGGAAAUUUGGCCUAAACAAGAUCCUUCUCAACUUCAGCUUCAAGAAUCCUGUGAACCAAAGAGGCCCUUACCUAAUAUGUUGA